AAUGCAUUUCGUUCACAAAAUAUGACAUAUAAAGGGGUAUCAUAAUGUCGGUACCGUAUUAUCCAACCAUUGGACACAAUUCUGUUGUCACCUUCAUGAUAACAAACGUGAGAAAUAAACAUCUGACUUCCGAAGACAUGUGGUCACGUUCAGUUAGGAAUAUAUGGAUCUUUUCAAUGAUUUGGAUUUUACAUAUUUAAUAAGUGACAACAUUAUUUUUGCUGCAUUCAUUCCAUAGUCACCUGAUAACGACUGAUUUGCGUUUGCUAUUCCGUUCAUAUGUUAAAUUCUUUAUAAAAGAUGAAAGGAUUACGAAGAUUUAAUGAGCAUGCAUUAUUCAAGUGUGCAAUAGCAUAUAUAAUUUACAAUUGUUUAGUGUAAAUACGAUUCUGCUGUACAAAUUUGAUCUUUUGUGAUAUUCCGCUAUAAUAAUGAGACUAAGAACACGCUAUAUAGGUGCUGGUGUUGCAGUAUUUCUAAUGUUACUUACAUAUGAAGUAUAUGUGUAUUCUGGAGAUACAAAAUGGCUAAUAAGCAACAGACUCCUAUCCAAACAGGAUUAUAUUAAGAAAAUGAAAUCAACUUUUGUUCAAAAAGUUAAUUUAUCUAAUAGUAAUGCGCCUGUAACUUUUAAAUUGGUUACUUACAUAAGAAAAGGGCCAAAAGUGUCUAUAUCUGCUGAAGAAUUUAGGAAAAAUAAUAAAAUCCAAACAGGGAAUAUUUUAAUUGAUAAUUAUGGAAAAAACGAUCCAAUGAAAAAUGGAGAAAAAGGACGUGGAGUAACGUUUGUGGGACAGGAAAAACGAAAUGUGUCUGAAAUGAUGCAAAAAUAUCAAGUUAAUAUUUUAGCAAGUGAUAUUAUUCCUUUAAACAGACUUGUUCCCGAUGCCAGACCUCCUGGGUGUAAAUACAGGACUUACGCGCAUGAUCUCCCAACAACAAGUAUCAUAAUUCCAUUUUAUGACGAAUGGCCAUCGAUUUUAAUUCGAACUUUAUACAGCAUAAUAAACAGAACUCCUAGACAUUUACUUCAAGAGAUUAUAUUGGUAGAUGACAACAGUCAAAUGGUUGAGCUGAAAAGGCCCCUAGAUGAGUAUAUCAAUGACAAUUUUCCUAAAGGCAUAAUAAAGGUUCUACGUAACCCUACACGUUUAGGCUUAAUCAAGGCUCGGUUAAAAGGAUGGCGGGAAUCUACUGGACAAGUUGUUGUGUUCUUUGACAGUCACAUGGAAGUCAAUAUAGACUGGUUACAACCCUUACUUACAGAGGUAAAAAAGGACAGAAAAACAAUAGCUAUGGGUGUACUUGAUUAUGUCAAUGCAGAAAGUUUUGAAUAUCGUUUUAACGAGGGUUAUAUGACUCGUUAUGGGUUUGAUUGGAGGCUUGUAUUUUUCGAAACUUUCUUCAGACAGGAUCAGAUUGGAGCGACAGAGGAAGACGUAAGGCCAGGUACGGUAAUGGUUGGUGCUGCUUAUGCCGUGGACAGUAAAUAUUUUGGUGAAAUCGGCGCUUAUGAUGAAGGCAUGACUGUAUGGGGUGGUGAAAAUCUAGAAAUGUCUUGGAGGGUAUGGAUGUGUGGUGGACGCUUUGUUCACCUCCCUUGCUCUCAUCUCGGACAUAUAGCACGUACACAGCCCUACGAAUUUCCCGGUGGUAGACGGAAUAUUGAGGUUUACAAUUACAAACGGGCGGUAGAAGUGUGGAUGGAACCGAAUCACAAACAGUUUAUUUAUGAUCAUUUCCCUGAAAUGGCGACUAUUAACGCUGGUGAUUUAUCAGAACGGUUUAAGCUGAAGGAGAAACUACAGUGUAAAAAUUUCACUUGGUUUAUCACAAAUGUCUGGCCGGAACUGUCAAUCUUUGAUCAUAAUGUAUUUGCUUGGGGAUCAGCACGGAAUUUAAAGAAUAAUCAAUGUUUAGACAAUCAUAGCUAUUUAUUUCAAGCACCGGAAGCGCUUUAUGUGGACACAUGCCAUUACAAACUGGCAACUCAGGGGUUUUCAUGGACCAAGGAGAGACUUCUCCGAACAUCUUUACAGUGUGUGGUUGUAAAAGACAUGCAAGAAGGUACCAGGCCGAUUUUAGAAGACUGUAUUAUAGGUCCUCGUGAUCAAUGGGACCACAAAAAGAGUGGCUUUCUCAAACAUAUCAAAAGUGGAUUUUGUCUGGAUCAUGAUGGUCAAGGUCCAAUAAUGCGUGCUUGUAACAGUCAGAUAGUUACACAGCAUUGGCAGUUUAACCAUUAUAAUUACUGAUAGUCAUACCAUUAGUCUUUCAAACUGUUAUUCCCAAUUAACAGAUUUUUGAUUGUUUGUUUUUGUUGGUGUAUUAUAAAUAUUUUUUUUCAUUUUCUACCUAUAACAAUAUGUAACAUGUUCAUUUUUGUAAACAUUUUCAAGAUUAUUUUACAUUCAUCCAUUCACCUAAAUCAAACGAUAGUUCAUAUAUGUACCAAGUUUUAGGUUUUAGUUAAUCAGAACUACUCCUUGUGUAAAUUUAUGAUCUCUAAAAUCCACCUUGCCUUUUAUAACCUUAAACGUAUCUAUUUGUUUGUUAGUAAUGAACCCUUAGCUUGCACCUUUGUUUUUGAGAUUGAACGACAACAACACCAUAGACUGACCAUGGUUUUCGCUAGUCUAUGUAUCUCACCUGCUUACAUCCUUUUCAAGUUAUUUAAGUUUGGCUCUGCGUGCCUAAUGCUUUUCAAAAAGGAUUCCUUUUGCAUUUAAACAGACACUUUAUUAUUGGGUUUUACAGUUUUAAAGAUACUUUAUGAUUGUUAAAGUUUUUUUUUAAGAUUUACUUGAUUGGAAUAAUCAUCUCUUUGUAAACAUACCUGUAUGUCUUCUCCUGUUUUUGGUAUCUGAGUAUCCGUCUCCUUGAUUCAAAUCCGCUACCUUCCUCAAUUCGUUCAUACAUCCAUGCAGUUGGUGCUGUAAAAAGACUUCCAAAUAUGUGUUCAAGACUGAAAAUGUAUUGUAGUCCUGUUAAUAUAUUUUUAAAGAUCAGAUUUGUUAUUGAAUUGGAAAUUGUGUUUGCAUGUUGCAAGAUCAAAUGUAUUAUGCCCAAAUAAAUUGAUAAAAAACGGUAUUUAUUAGUUAAGGGUUUAAACUGUUACAAAAAAGAAUUAGUUUUUACUGUGUUCUUUUUUGUACCAAUAAAUGUUAAAUCAGUUCAUAAGGUUUUUUUUUAUCUUUGACUUUCUUGAUCGUUAUUAAUGCGUCACAAAUAUGUUGUUAAUGUCAGUAUAAAACAUUUUUAAACAAUAUUUGUAUCUAUUUUGCAAAAUGUUGUUUUUGCUAAGUCUUUUAUUUUUGUUCUGGUAUGUAAAAUCAUAUUUUAUGUAAAAUAUGCCUCCGCCUUCCAUGAAUAUAUUCAAUUUAUAAUUCAUGGAGCUAUUUAUCUAAAGCAAACUGGUUUAUAAGUUAAGAAUGUUUUCAAAACACGUUGAUGUCUUAAUUAGGUUUCAAUUUUUUUCUUUACAGAAGUUCGACAAAAACAAGCGUUUUGGUUAACUCAUUUAGAAUUUAUCAUUAUUCAUAUGAAUACAUUACUGUUUUUUCAUGAAUUAGUAUACAUUAUGCCGUUGUAUUGCCUCAUAACUGCAUAUUUAAUUGAAAUGCCAAGUUUUGUGUCUGCUAAAAUUAAAAAAGAAAACAUGUAAAAUAGCCAAACACUUGCAUGCAUGCUAUAUCAUGUUAACAUUUUCUUACUCUACAAGAGAAUUAAGACUUUGAUAAUUUGAUAAAACUUAGUUAUCACAAUUAAUGUUAAUAUAAGGAUAAAGCGAUGUGGUACAUGUAUGACUUAAAUCAUUAUUGAAUUCAUUGUACAUUAAAUCCAUACCCCGAUGAUCCUAAUAGUGAUAAUGCAUGAUGGAGAAACUGUUAUAGUAACCUUAACUUUUAACAAUGAUUCAGUUUGACUGUUAUAGUAACCUUAACUUUUAACAAUGAUUCAGUUUGACUGUUAUAGUAACCUUAACUUUUAACAAUGAUUCAGUUUGACUUAUUUCGAUCGAAAAGUAGACCUUUCAUUAACAUAAAAAUCUAUUUCAGUACUCCGACCAGUUCAGUCGGUUAUUGUUCUUUUUGUCGUUGAAUAAGUGUGUAAAUGAUUACAAUGUGUAUGAAAUGUAAUUGAUUCAGGUAGGAUUUGUUGUAUUUUGUUAUAUGAUUGAUAUGAUUGUGUUAUGCAACAUUCAAAAGGGUGCUUUCUGGGAAUUUAUUUAUUGUAUUAUUGUUAUGCAAUAUUGUAUUGUUAUAAAAUAAAACAAUUCUGUUCUUA